AUGCAUCUGAGCGAGAACGAGGGGAUCGAGGGCGUGCGGUUCGUGGUGACUGGCGGGCAGAGUAUCGUCCGCGCCGCGCUAUGCCUGGAGCUGAUUCGCCGCGGCGCCCUGGAGGUCUGCUCCCUCGACGGCUCGAUCUGUGCGAUUCCUCCUCUUGGUCCCAGCAGCUCCUCGACGCCGGCGUCCGCUUCUUCCAAGGUUCUCUCCCUCACUCUCUUUUGCUUAAAUUACUGUGGCUUUUUUCUUCUGUCGUCAUGA